AUGUCUUCCUGCUCAGGCUCACAAGGGCGUCCAGGGGCCUUGGGGCCUGUGGGACCCGGUGGACCAGAGGGGUUCCCAGGCGACAAAGGGCCUUUGGGACAAAAAGGAGAGAGGGGCCACGUCGGACUCACAGGCCCCUCUGGGCCGAAAGGAGACAAGGGGCCCUUGGGCGUUCCAGGGUUCCCAGGAACCGACGGAGUCCCAGGUCACCCAGGUCAGGACGGUGGCAGGGGUCUACCAGGAGCUGAUGGAUGUAACGGUACCCAGGGAGACCCAGGUCCCAGAGCUCUAGACAGAGGAAUACCUGGAGCUUCAGGACUCCCUGGGCCUAAUGGUCCUAAAGGACAGAAGGGAGAACCUGUAUAUGUUGGAACCGGAGGGGGAGCUCCUGAUUUGCCUGGGCUGGACGGUGUGCCUGGUCCCAGAGGUCCUGACGGAAGGCCUGGGGACAUCGGCCCCAGAGGUCCUGAUGGAUUCCUUGGUAAUCCAGGUCCCCCCGGUCCCCUUGGUCCUGUAGGGAGCCCCAGCCUAGGGUUUCAGGGGGAGCCAGGAGAUAAGGGUAACACUGGUCCGCCCGGACCUCGAGGCGUGCCCGUCGACGUGGCGCUAGAAGGCUCAUCUAUUGUCACUAUCUACAAAGGAGAGAAGGGGGAAGGGGGUUACAAAGGAGUGCGUGGACCAUCUGGUAGACCCGGCCCACCUGGUCCUUUUGGCUAUCCUGGCGAGAAGGGAGAGAAUGGAAUUCUGGGGUAUCCAGGGGGACGGGGUCCUCCUGGUUUUAAUGGACCUCCCGGAUCUCAAGGAAGACAGGGAUUCACAGGCAGUCCAGGGUUCCCCGGGCAACCAGGCUACAGAGGACCUAAGGGUGACCAGGGGGAACAGGGGCCUCCCGGACCCCCCAUCUACAGAGACACACAAGGGCUGGCUGUUCAAGGAGCACAAGGUGACAAUGGUAUCGACGGCUUCCCCGGUCAACCAGGUGACGUGGGCGCUCCAGGGUUUCCAGGACAACCAGGACGACCAGGCGACUCCUUCGGCGAUGGUCGUAGAGGCAGCCCAGGGUUCCCUGGUACCCCAGGGCCUAAGGGAGAGAGGGGUAACCCCGGCAGACAGAGAUACGGUCCUGAGGGCCAACCAGGAGGACCAGGCUUACCAGGAUCCCCCGGACCUCCCGGACCACCAGACAGAUCUGAGGUCAAGUGUGUGUGUGUCAAUCUACCAGGAACUCCAGGACCACCAGGAGACCAGGGUCCACCUGGAGCCAGCGGGUACAAAGGACCCAAAGGGGAGCUGGGUGACUGUAACUGCCUGGGAGGAGGCACCUCGGGUGGGGUGGGGGCACCGGGUGCUCCUGGGGCCGAUGGAAGACCUGGGGCCUUCGGCAGGAAGGGCGAGAGCGGAGACCCAGGCAUACCCGGUUUGGUAGGAACAACAGGAAGACCUGGCUGUAUGGGCGAGAACGGUUUCUUCGGGCGUAAAGGAGAGAAGGGUGCCUCGUUCAGCCAGGGGAUCAAGGGUGAACUGGGGUCCCAGGGCCCUCGAGGGCCCCCUGGAAACAUGGGCCGACCCGGGAGAGAUGGACUUCCUGGGUCCCCCGGACAGCCUGGGCCUCCUGCUGAUGUACAUGAAAAAGGAACCGUUGGAGAGAAAGGAUUCCCAGGGUCCUCAGGCGCCAAAGGUCGCGCUGGUGAACCUGGAGAGAAAGGAUCUGGCUACCAGGGUACCAUCGGUACCCGCGGGUUGCCAGGCGACCCGGGAUUUACGGGGUUACCAGGGCAACCUGGUUCACCUGGCCCUCCAGGGCUAACGUUACCAUGUCGUCUACCUGGUGAGGAUGGAGAACCCGGCUUCCCCGGAAAACCCGGAAGACCAGGUCCCAAGGGCGAGCCGGGUUUCCCAGGUGGUCCCGGUCGGCCCGGUUUUGACGGAGGAAAGGGAGAGAGAGGAGACCCAGGUUAUGGAGGCCAGCCUGGACCACAAGGUUUCCCUGGCCCCAGAGGAGAUGCGGGGGGGCCAGGUAUCCCAGGCGAGGGUUGUCCAGGGUCCCCAGGGAAGAACGGGCUCCCGGGGCGGCCGGGGGAGAAGGGCCAGCCGGGGGAGGUGCUAGGGGCCUCAGCAGGGCUCCCUGGAACACCUGGGUUCCCAGGAGUACCAGGAGACAAGGGAGAGCCAGGAGCAUCAGGACUUCCCGGAGGAUCAGGUUUUGAUGGUCGGUCUGGCAUUCCCGGAGCUAAGGGUGAGCGCGGUACGGAUGGUUACCCCGGAACUUUAGGUCUGCCUGGAUUUCCCGGAGACAGACGCGAUGGAUUUCCCGGUCCUGCUGGACCAGCCGGAACCAAUGGAUUACCCGGAUCUCGAGGCUACCCCGGUUUAAAAGGAGCCAGAGGUGACGUGGGCUUCCCAGGCCCAGCUGGGAGGAAGGGACCACCAGGAGAACAAGGAGGUGAUGGAUCUUCAGGACUCAGGGGCCUUCCAGGACCACCGGGCCCCGGGGGAAGAGACGGCAUCUCUGGGGGACCAGGAAGGAAGGGCGAGAGCGGUUACCCCGGACUGGUGGGUUUCCCCGGAAGACCAGGUAACCCUGGAAGACCCGGUGGACCAGGAGGAAAAGGAGCUCCAGGGUUCUCAGGAAGAGACGGCCUGCCCGGAGACUUCGGCGCGCCAGGACCUAAAGGUGACAAAGGUUACCCUGGUCUCCCUGGUGCACCCUCUCCGCCCGGAGAAGAUGACCUGGAGAAGGGACAGAGGGGCGACAACGGUGCCAACGGACUACCCGGUUUCCCUGGACCUAGAGGUGACAAGGGUUUCCCAGGCCAGCCUGGUCGUCAGGGUUUGCCCGGGCUGCCUGGUUAUACUGACAGGGCUAAAGGAGAACCAGGACUUCCUGGUCUCCCCGGACGCCCAGCCGGGCCAGGCUACCCAGGACCUAAAGGAUCUCCCGGUAUCAUCGGCUUCCCUGGCAUGCCUGGACCAAGGGGUGACGAUGGCGGGCCUGGUUUCCCUGGUAACCCCGGAGUCCCUGGUCAGCCAGGUGCUAAAGGGGAGAGAGGUGACUCGUCUUGCUACCCCGGAAGUCCCGGAGCUAAAGGUGAGUCCGGAAACCCCGGUUACCCAGGUGGCCCAGGUGCUAAUGGUGCCCCCGGUGACAACGGUUUCCCAGGGGGCCCUGGGUUCAGCGGACAGAAGGGAGCACCAGGCGUUCCAGGAAGACCCGGACUCUUGGGUACCCCUGGUUUCACUGGGGCUAAGGGUCUGAACGGAUACCCAGGAGGAAGAGGUUCCGACGGGACGCCUGGCCGCCCCGGCUCCCCUGGAUCAUCUGGAGAGAAAGGUCUGCCGGGAUCUCCUGGUCUUGAUGGACUCAACGGACUGGCUGGGCCCAACGGUCUACCAGGAAGCCCAGGUUAUAGUAAGGAGGGUCGCCCCGGCACCCCUGGAGUGGCCGGUCUGAAGGGAGAGAGGGGAUCCUCCAUCCCAGGAGCACCAGGGUACAACGGGGAGAAGGGAGCGAGAGGAGAGUCAGGGGGUCCUGGUAUGACGGGCUUCCCAGGUCUGCCUGGGCGUCGUGGGGAGACAGUCGGCUCCAAUAUCCCUGGACCUCCGGGAGACCCAGGCCUGCCCGGACUCGAUGGAGUAGGAGGUUACCGUGGUCCUCCAGGUCCCGCAGGCCCACCGGGGCCCAGUACGGCCCAGGGAGACAGAGGCGACGCUGGGCUUCCUGGCUUCCCCGGUACCCCUGGGAGACGUGGAGACCCUGGAGGUCCCGGUGUCCCAGGAAGGGACAGCAGCCCUGGAUUCAAAGGAGAGAGAGGCCACUCUGGGUACAGUGGAGUACCAGGAACCAAGGGCUACCCUGGAGAUGCAGGAGAUUACGGAGGGAAAGGACAAAAAGGAAGGAAAGGUACUUCUGGUUGUAAGGGAGCCCGAGGUAUGAUUUUAGAUAUCCCGGAUAUCCCGACUCCCUAUGGAGACAUGGGAGGCUCUGGUCCCAAAGGAGCUCCAGGGGCAGUGGGAGAACCAGGCAAUCCCGGCAUGCUAGGCAGAGGGGGUCCUAAAGGCAGGCCCGGUGCGGUGGGGAAGCUGGGGAGGAACGGAGGGUCAGGUCUGGAUGGACCUCUGGGAGACCCUGGUUCUCCUGGUUUCCCUGGACCUACCGGAUCACAAGGUCUGCCUGGUAAGCCUGGUCUGCAGGGUCCCCCUGGUAGUGUGGUCCGCAGCAGGAGUGUUGGUUUCACCCUGGUGAAACACAGUCAGAACAACCAGGUACCCAUGUGUCCCCAGGGCAUGGCCCGGCUCUGGGAGGGAUACAGUCUGCUGUACGUAGAGGGGCAGGAGAAGGCACACAACCAGGACCUCGGUAUGGCGGGCUCCUGCCUCCCCCGUUUCAGCACUGUCCCCUUCCUUUACUGCACACCCAACGAGAUCUGCUACUACGCCAGCCGCAACGACAAGUCCUAUUGGCUGUCCACCACGGCGCCCAUCCCCAUGAUGCCGGUGGGAGAGGAGGCCAUCAGCCAGUACAUCAGCAGGUGCUCCGUGUGCGAGGCCAUGUCCCAGGCUGUGUCCGUCCACUCACAGGACCUCACCAUCCCCACCUGCCCUGCUGGCUGGAGGUCCCUCUGGAUCGGGUACUCCUUCCUCAUGCACACUGCUGCCGGGGCAGAGGGUGGAGGCCAGUCCCUGGUUUCACCCGGGUCCUGUCUGGAAGACUUCCGCGCCACUCCCUUCAUCGAGUGUAACGGGGCCAAGGGCACCUGCCACUUCUUUGCCAACAAGUACAGCUUCUGGCUGACCACGGUGGAGCCUAACCGGGAGUUCAACCCCCCUCCGAUGGACACGCUGAAGGGAGGCAACCAACUCAGCAGAGUCAGUCGCUGUCAGGUCUGCAGCAAGAUUUUGUAGCCGGGAGAAGAGUCAAAGAUAGAGAGAUAGAGAGAAGAUAUGGGAAAUGGAAAACAGAGAGACUGAAACAAAGGAGAGGGUGAUGAUUACUUCUCAGAAAGAAAAAGAGAGGAGGUAAAAAAAAAUAUUUAAAAAACUAAAUAUUAAUUAUGACAGAAUUUGAGCUCCCCCCUGCUUCAUCUGAGGGUCUCCCUUGGGGUGUAAGGGCGUCCUGAAGGACCGACGAGGGCACUUCUGUGGGUUUAUGAUGCCCUUAUAUCGAUGUUAGAGAGAGGGGGAUGGAUAUAGAGCGAGAGAGGGAGGGAGGGAUGGAGAGAUGUGGGGUCUUGGUGUUGAUUGCUCUGCACUAGAAUAUCACUGACAGUGUUGCUAUAGCUACUGCACUGUUGUAUGUGUCUUUAUUUGGGUGUUUUCUCAUUACUAUGGUUACAUGUCUGAAAACAUUCAAGGCUACCUAGUGACACCGCAAACCAACCCUUCGGACCGCACUGAACCGCUUGCCCUUCCUGGCAGCGUCCCAAAUGGCUCCCUAUAUAGUUAACUACUUAUGGCUUGGGCUCCAUAGGCCUCUGGUCAAAAGUUGUGUAUAUAGGGUGCCAUUUGGGACAGAAACCUUCUCUACCAUAACAACAACAACAACUACAGUCAUAAACCUGAGAGACCUGCUAUACAAACAGUUGAAGUGGGAAGUUUACACACACUUAGGUUGGAGUCAUUAAAACUCGUUUUU